AUGAUAGCAAUUGGCUUUGCUCAGAGUAAUGCUGAUCACAGUUUGUUCGCCAAAAGGGAGGGUGAUCUGAUUAGCAUUCUUAUUGUCUAUGUGGACGACACUGUCAUUACUAGAAAUGAUACUGCUGAGAUCUCUAAGCUCAAGGCCUAUCUUGAGACUGGGACAUUAGGGUGUAAGCCUUCAGAUACACCUAUUGAGGCAAAUUCCCAUCUCAAGAGCAAAGAAGGUAAAUCAGUUGAUAAGGGUCGAUAUCAAAGGUUAGUUGGGAGACUCGUCUACUUGUCUUACACUCGACCAGACAUAGCUCAUGUAGUUAGCCCUGUGAGUCAGUAUAUGCAUGAUCCUUAUUCCUCUCAUACGGAAGUUGUGAUUCAUAUUCUUCGGUAUUUGAAGACAGCUCUAGGGAAUGAUAUCUUAUUCUCCCCUUUAGAGCACAUAAGAGUCGAAGCCUAUACUGAUGCCAAUUGGGCAAGUUCUCCAAAUGAUCAUCGUUCUACUUCAGGCUAUUAUACAUUCGUUGGUGGCAAACUGGUUACAUGGCAUAGUAAGAAGCAAGAAGAUGUUGCCAAGUUUAUUGCUGAAGAUGAAUUCUGA